AUAUAUUUAUUUUUUAAAUUUUCUAAAGAUGAAGCAUAAUUAACAACUCCCAAAUGCCCAUUUAAGAAAGCAUUGGACAAGAUUUGUUAAGACCUUCUAUAAUCAACCAGCUGCAAAGAGAAGAAGACAAUAAAGAAGAUAAGCCAAUGCAUUAAGUAUAUGAUAAUUAAAUACUUAAAAUAGGAGCAUCUCCAAGACCAGUAGAAUUACUUAGACCAGUUGUAAGAGGCUAAACAAUUAAAUAUAAUGGAAUUUAGAAAUUGGGAAGAGGAUUCUCACUUAUUGAAUUGAAAGAAGCAGGUCUUAAUGCAUAAUUUGCCAGAACAGUUGGAAUUGCUGUAGAUCACAGAAGAAGAAACAACAGUUAAGAAGAAUUGGCAGCUAAUGUUAAAAGAAUUAAGGCAUAUUUAUCAAAAUUAGUCUUAUUCCCAAGAGUUGCUGGUAAACCAAAGAAUGGAGUAGUAAAAGAUUCAGCUAAUAAUGUUGUUGAACAACCAUUCACAUAGAAUACUAAUCCAGAAGUAAAUUAGAGUUUAAUAAUUUAUAGGUUAUCACUUUCUAAAGAACACCAAAGAGAGAAAAGGCAACUGUGAUAUCUAAGGAAUUAAGAGCUAAAAACGUAUAUAGAAGAUUAAGAUAAGAAUGGUACAAUGCUAAAUUUGUGGGAGUUAAAGAGAAAAGAAAGUAAGCAAAAGAAACCAAGAAAUGAGUCAAUAUAAUAUAGUGUACAUUUACAAUAAAAUAUUUAAUAUAAUUAAAA